AUGGACGCACCAGAGCCGGACCGCGGCCCAGAGAUUCUCCCGAGGCCGCGUGGGAUUAGAGCUGGAAAAAGCGCUGUACGGAAGCGCAAAGCGUACCAACAGUACCAGUUAUCUCUUCAGCCUUUCCGAUACACUUCCUUAGACGACGUGCCCAUCCGCCACCAAGACGGCAGUCAGCGCCCGCUUUACACAAGAGCGGGCUGGAAACCCAUCUUUGAAUCGGACAGCGAACCUGAGGAAGAAUUGGUUGAAGUUGAAGUGGAAGCGGAAGAAACACCGCUCAUUCCCAAGGCGUCGGGGGCAGUGCCGGAAUAUCACAGGAUCCGUGUGCCACCUGCUCCUCCCGCGCCGCCUGUGCGCCGUCAUCUUCGUCCUCAUCGAGUUCAGCAGCGAAAGCACCUUCUCAAGGUCCAGCGGCGAAAGCACCCUUUCGAGGUCCAGAGGCGAAAGCAUCUUCUCCAGUGCCUCCUGUUACAGCUUCAGUUUCUGGACAACGGAUUAAUUACUCCCGCAGCGAAGUCUGCGGCAGUGCCUAAGGUGUCUGUUUCGACUCCGUCGGCUUCUCCACCUGAUCCUAAGAUUACUGCUCCGAAGACUCCUCCCAAGAAUCCGCCGAAGCCUCCAGCUUCGAGACCGAGCCAAGUUGCAGUGAUCCCCAAGGUGCCACCGAAGUCAGCCCUUACAACUGACCCCGUCGUUGACCUUCCGAGGAGCGUCUUGUUGUACUCACCUGACACAUUCAACAGGUGCAACUUCAGAGUCGAAGAUAGCCAGCGGCUUGAGGGCAAGGUUGUCGUGUUUGACUUCCACAACGUGAUCGACAGGUAUUACUGGGCACCUCGCAUUGGUCAGCGGAAGCAGCAGUAUAAGAUCCCUUAUCCGAACGAAGCACCGGAGUUGCUUUCGGACGUUCAGGGUCUUCUUAGGCGUGUCCACAGGGCUGCAGAGGAGGCGGGAGCAUUGGUGGUGAUUUGCUCCCACAUUUCGGAGGGAUCCAGGAGCAUCGAGGAUUGGGCCUUGGACACCCUUCGGAACACCUUCAUACAAUCUGUUGGCCAACGCCAAGCUGAUUUAGUCAUCAUCACAAGAUCCCGCACAGGACACCUCGGAAAGCUUGACAUCUGUCGACGCCUUUUCCAACGGCCAUCGUUGUUGAUAAUAGACGAUAACACCGGGAUCUGUGACGAAUGGAACAGAUCGGCUAACGCUGCUGCGUUUCACAUCCAAUUGCCUCGGCGGGAGCUGCCGUCGGUUGGUCGGUCCUUUUCCUCGAUCUUCGAGGCGGAACCUUCCAUUUUGAAUUGGAUCUCAGGCUGA